CAGGGCAGCGGGCGCCAGUGCUGCUGCGGCGCUUUAUGGCAGCGGCAGGCGCGGGCGGGGGCGCUGCCGGGCCCGGUGUCAUGAGCGACAGCGACGCCAUCGACUACUCGGUGCACGAGGCCUGGAACGAGGCUACCAACGUCUACCUGCUGGUGGUGCUGGCCAGCCUGGCGCUGCUGGUCUACGCCCGCCGGAAUAAAAGGAAGAUCAUGCGAAUAUUCACAGUGCCUCCUACAGCAGAGGCACCGUCAGAGCCAAACUUUUAUGACAGUAUGAAAAAAAUUCGCUUACGACAACAAUUAGAGAUGUAUUCUCUCGCAAGGAAGUAUGACCAACAGCCGCCACAGAAACAGACUGACAGCGUACAGCUCUUAAUGGAAUGAAGUCUCAAAUUAUGGGAACUCAAGCAAUUUUUACAGUGCUGAUAAUGACAGGAGAGUUGGUAUGGAGUCAUUUUCGAAGGAACUUUAAUGGCAUAUGUUUUUAAAAAAAACCCUCUCCUAUAAAUAUAUUUCUUGGAAACUUUUCUUUGGACCUGUUUAGGUACUUACCGAACAUCUGCUGAUUCUUUAAAAAUGAAAUGCUCAAAGAAACACUUGAGGGAAGAUGGCUGUAGUCCAUACUAAAGAGAUGUUCAAAAUGUUCCAGUGGUUUCCACUGUUGCCAAUACUUUGGUGAUCAGCUCCUUUGCUGAACCAGGGGUAUUUUUGCAACAUGGCAGUAGAGGACAUUGGGGUGAUUAGGUAAGUUUCUACUGUCUGUCUCCUUCUCUGAUGGUUUCUUAGGGGAACACAUGGAAAAGUCAUGCUGUGCCUGAACAUUGCCAAGUUGUAUAUCUCAUUUGAACAUCAUUGGCUUCUGCUGUAAGGGACUACAGAACACUUACAGUACACAUAAUUGUGCUGCUGUAAAUUGACAGCUGAAAUGAAUAGCUCUUGAGAGCCAGAAAUUUAUAUCAUUGGCCUUAUGGAAAAAAGGAAAAAAAUGAAAUUUUCAUCUGAACAGAGAGCAUAAUUAUAGUACUGCACCUUUUCCAUGCUAAAGCUUUAAUGAAAGCUAACCUCAUAAGGGUAGUGCAUAAGUCUUGUUUGCUAAAGGACUGUAUAUUGAAAUGCUGUAGCAAAGAUUAUUAAAAUUAGAGAGGGCUCCAAUAAACCAGCUAGCUAAGUGAGGUCUCUCUGUGGCUAGCUGGCACACUUGAUUGCCUGUUCUUUUCAUUCCCUCUGAAGCACCUGGGAUUGGCCACUGUUGGAAGACGGACUAUUGGUCUGAUCCAGUAUGGCCAUUCUUAUGUCCUCCCCCAGUCCCAGGGGCAGUUAUCAGCCAGUGCAAACUGGUGAGUCUCUUAGGAUCAGAUUGGGACAGAAAAUCUGACUUGUAUCCUUUAAAAUGCCAGUAGAGCUGUAUAAACUAUAAUCUGUACAGAUGGAGAAAUAAUACAUAGAGAGAAAUAGAGAGAGGAAAUGAUGAUUCUGACAGGAAAUAUGCAGGUGAAUACAUCUGUAAAAUAAUAUUCAGUGGGCAGGGAAGUUAAACUUGUAAACAUGUUGGAUAUCAGAGAAAUCAGAGAUUGAAGAAACCUAUUAAUUUAUGUCUAUCCUUCUGCUAGUGAAGGAUUGUAUUUAUACUAAAGUUUCUACUUGUAAAUUUCAAGUGGUGGAUCUUCCUUUGGAAGAUUAGAUCUCAUGUUGGGAACUUUAUCCUGAUUAUCAGCCUUAAUUUCCCCUUCUUAAAGUACUCCUGGGUAUGUGAAAUGGUUUUUGUAUUAUGUUUUAAUUUGUUUAAUGGCAUUUAAUAGUAAAAUACAUAUUGAACUGAA